GAUUCCAGCUGAGUUCCCUCCCCCAGCAAGGAUCCCAGCCACGACUCUCGUCUCUCUGAUUCCCAGGCUGUUUGCAGUGAGGAAAUCAAAACCAGACUCGUUUGAGGUGCCUCUGUGACUAUCGCCUUCGCUGCCACUGCUAUGAACAUGAAAGCAGUUGUUAUUCUCCUGAUCUUGGCUCUGGCCACAGUUUUUGCUUUAGUUUGUGUUUUGUUGACUAAAAGGGAGAAAGUCACUACUUGCGUCUGCUCAGAGCUGCAGAGUUCCCCUGAAGGUAUAAGUGAUGAAAAGAGUAACAUCUUUGCUGACUUGACAGCAGAAGAGAUGAGUCAAGUGGUGAAAUACCUCAAGGACAAUCUUGGUGUGCAUCUACAAGAUGCCUUUCACGCAGAACCAGCAGAUAACUGCAUUUACUAUCUGGAUGUGUACCUCCCUGUGAAAGCAGAUGCACUGGGCUUCCUAGACCAUGGACGGGUUCGGCCCCCUCGGCAGGCAUUGGCUGUGGUGUUCUUUGGAGGCCAGCCAGAGCCAAAUGUUACAGAAUUCCUGGUAGGUCCGCUUCCAAAUCCUACAUACCAUCGGGACAUUACGCUCAGGAAGUUUGGCAAAAAAGUGCCAUAUAACAGCAGACCAGUGACUGAGAGGGAAUACCAGGACAUUGACAACUUUAUUUUCCGUGAGCUCUCCAAGGCCCCCAUCUUCCUCAAAGAAUGCUGUGAUUAUCCUGAGACUAACUUGGCUACUCUGACCACAGCCCCCCGAGGUCUUGAGUCUGGAGACCGAGCUACUUGGUUUGUCCUUUUCCAGAAUGUGUUUGGAAGCGGCUACUUCAUCUACCCUGUUGGCUUGGAGAUCCUGGUGGAUCACAGCAGCUUGAACCUCUCCCACUGGAAAGUGAAGAAUGUUUUCUACAAUGGCCAGUAUUAUCAGGGCCUUGCACAAUUGGAAAAGGACUUCAAAGACAGGCUUGUAAAGGAGAUCAGAGUGGAGAGAGUCCAGCUGGAGAAUGAUUUUGCAUCCAUGAAGCCGCCGCCGCCGCCACCUUUGGCUCCUCUAAGCCCUUUGCAGUUUGAGCCCCAAGGGAAACGCUACAGCAUCACUGGCAGUCAUGUUACCUACCAGUCAUGGAGCUUUGCUUUUGGGAUGAAUGUGAACACUGGGCCACGUCUCUUUGAUAUCAGGUUUGGCACAGAGAGAAUUGUCUAUGAGCUGAGUCUGCAGGAAGCCCUGGCCACAUACGGGUCUGACUGUCCGGGCGGGAUGGUGACCAGAUACAUGGACGGCAGCCUUGGCAUUGGGAAGUUUUCUUUUGAACUGGUUCAGGGUGUGGACUGCCCCUAUACGGCCACCUAUGUGGACCGACAUUACUUGAUAGAUUCUGAUACCCCCAAACUAAACAAGAACUCUUUCUGCAUCUUUGAGCAUGACAUGGGGGUGCCUCUGCGUCGCCAUUUCUCCAACAUGGGCUCUUUUUAUUAUGGGGGUUUAGCCAAAUAUGCUCUGGUCUUAAGGGCUGUUUCCACCCUCAUCAACUAUGAUUAUGUCUGGGAUUUUGUUUUCUACCAAAACGGUGCUAUAGAAGUCAAGGUCCAUGCCACGGGAUACAUCAGCUCCUCCUUCUUCACUGGCAAGGGGAAAGCAUAUGGAAACAGGGUUGGGGAGCACACACUUGGGACUAUGCACAGUCAUCUCAUGAACUACAAAGUAGAUUUGGAUAUUGCAGGGACCAAGAACUCCUUGAUGGCUCUUGAUAUGGCAUUUGAGACUGUGCAGGUGCCCUGGAGCCCAGAGCACCAGAUUCAGCGGCCCAUAAUCACCAACCAAAUCCUGGAUAAGGAGGAAAAGGCUGCCUUCCCACUUGAUGGCAAAGUCCCACGAUACCUGCACUUUACCACGAGCCAGGAAAACCAGUGGGGCCAUCAGCGUAGCUACCGCAUCCAGAUUGUCAGCUUUGCAGGCGAGCACCUGCCUGAAACCAGCACCAUGGAGAAGUCUAUCAGCUGGGGCAGGUACAAGGUGGCUGUCACCAAGCGGAAAGAAGAGGAGCCAACCAGCACCUCCAUCUAUAAUCAGAAUGACCCUUGGGAUCCCUUGGUGGCCUUUGCUGACUUCAUAGACAAUGAGACCAUCAGCAACGAGGAUCUUGUGGCUUGGAUCUCGGUUGGCUUCUUGCAUGUGCCUCAUGCGGAGGAUAUUCCCACCACAGUGACUGUGGGUAAUGGGGUGGGCUUUUUCCUUCGGCCUUACAACUACUUUGGCAUCGAUCCCUCGGUCAAGUCCCUGGACAGUGUCUACUUCACCGUUGGCCAAGAUGUUGAUGAGUGUGACCUCAACCGGGCUGCUUGCUUGCCAAAGACAGCCUCCUGUUCACCCAGCCUCCCAAGUUUUGCUUACACAGGCUUCCAGAACCUGACGGGCCCCUGAGCCUGCAUUACCCAAAGUAUGCCACAGUUUAGCUAAUUGAUGAUACUGCUGAGUCCAAGCUGGGGCUGGCCUGCACCUCUCCCAUGAAUUGCCUCUUCCGCCCCUUCCCUUCCCUGCUGCUGCCCCUGAGCAAAAUGGUUCUGCCUUCACUUACAGGACCCAUGGGAGGAUCUGUGCGACUGUUUUGAUGUGAUAAGUCAUUAUGUGGUGAAGCCGCACUGUUGAGUCUCUUUGGUCACUGUAAAUGGCAUGCAUGGUGAGUCUUACCAGCUCUUCUUCUAGGAAAUGCUCCACUCUUUUGAUGGUUUCCUGCUGGGCAUGUCCUGUGAUGGAGCAACAGCUGCCAUUUGGGGCUCAGUGACUGCUUAGCAAUGUGGCAGGUGCUAGAUUCGGACUGAAUAUGCCAUUCUUCAGUGCUAAGCACUCCAUUGUGCCUUGUGCACCACAAGGGCCUAUGAGACUUGAAUCACUAUUUUUCUUAGCUGGAGAGGGGGACAAAGAGGAAAGGGCCGUGAUCGUUUCAGCUCAGAAUUUGGAGCAGAAAGGGGAUACUUUCCUACUGAAACAAAAGGGAGUUAGAAGGCACCUUCCAUGUGGCAAAAGCAUCCAUGGGCCAGAGCAUGCUUCAUUAGGUGCUGCAUUCAGUAUAUCUUUGACUGGCAACCACCACUGACAUAUUCAUGCAGCAUCUGAGGAUGUUCACUGUGGUGCAUGAAAACUUUUGCCACAACAAACCUCUUAGCUUUUAUGGUGCCAAAGAAUAUGUCCUCUUGUUUUGUGUUUGAUGUUGCUGCAACAGAAUUACCCAGCCCCCCCCCCCACCUCCCGCUGGAAUCUUCUACUGGAAUGAAUGCAGGAAGGCACAGAAGCGCGAUCUGGGGGACACUGUUCAGUGUAUGACAUUGACCAGAGUCUCCCCUGUGUUAGUUGCCUGUGAUAUCAGUGUCUUCUUGAGAGCAGAUAUGUGCAGGAGGUGGUAGCGGAGAAAUGUGCCAGUCUUUAGCAGUAGAGUCUGGACUGUUUUCGCACUACUAACCUGCUUCUGUAACAUUGCGAAACAUCACGCAAAAAACGUGGAAGAUAGAGUCUUCUCGAAAGAGUUUUGCGCGACAUCGUGAGAGUUUUGUGCGACAUCGCGCAAUACUCUCGUGAGAAGACUCUAUCUUCCGCGGUUUUUGUGUGAUGUUUCGCAACAUUAUGGAAGCAGGGCCAAAUCCACAUGUCUCAAGUUUUCCGCUUUUUUCCUGCCCAUUAUUCGCUUCUCAGAGGGCUGUUCACAUACUCUUACCUCAAUUCCGCCAUUCUCUCGUGUCUUUCGCGUUGCGCCUCAGACGAAUUUGUCAUGCGUUCAAACGCUUCUCUUGCGUGGUUCUCAACGUGGAUGUGGACAAAUAGAAGCAUUUCACAAGGAGACCGCCCCCUUCAAACCAUCCCACUUCCGUGUUUGCAGCCUUUCCGGAACACCAUCCCUCUUUGCCGUGCAAUUAUCAAGCUUUUCCACUCUCUCCGCAGCAUGCUUGCCUUCCCACCCUUUCCCCCCCUUUUUUUUUUAAAAAAGGGGACUUUCCCAGUGCUGUUGCACAAUCCCGGCCAUAAAUCUUAACCGGGGUGCUCCAAAAUCCCCGCAGAGACAUCAAGGGGUGGCGUCAUUUCCAUUUCCGUGUCAUUUUUAGAAUGUCGAACAGUCGGAAAUAUCGGUGGCUGUUAAAAAAAAAAUUUAACUGUUGAAAUUACUGUUAUAGCGGAAAUCCGUCAUUCUAACAUUACAUUCAAACGUCAAAUAAUUAGUCUGCCCGUUUGGAGAGUUUGGAUCACCCCCACCUUAAAUAUCAGUUCAAAUUAGCCCAUCAGAAUAAUGGUCCAAUGGAUUUCAAAGAAGAAGGCAUAGAAUAACAUUAACCAAUCACAGGCAUCAUAGGGGUGUGGCCUUGACAUAGCAAUUUAGCAAAAAACCCCGCUAUAGCGGAAAUCUGAUGGAAAAAAUGAAAAAAAAUGAACAUGAUGUCGUCAUCAGCGACGUCAGAUCUAAACCCGCCCUGUAUUGUGCGAUUCUACCAGGGAUGUGGACAAAGUAUAGCGCGAGGCAGCGGCAGUAAGAGAAGGGAUGUAAACAGACUAGGAAACUGCAGGAUAGAAUCCAACACGAUUAAUGCACAUGAAAAGCGGAAGGUAGGGAAAUGUGGAUUCGGCCCAGGUUAGUAGUGUGAAAACAGCCAAGGAGAGGGAAGUGUCAGGAAAAGGGCAAAUGUUGGAGAGAGCUGUUAAGCAAGAGGUACAGGACAGAAUUGGGGCAGCUCCCUUUCUGAACAGGAGGGCAAUACUGCGUACUGAAUUGUUCUGAUUCAUUUUUCAAAUCACCUCUCUCCCCCCACCUGCGGCUCAAACUAUACACAUUGUUCCUUGAAAGGCAGAGAUUGCAGGAAGACUGGGAAAACCAGAUAUGUUGGGGCUUUGAGGCCACUCCGGUCUUUCUUGUGGCACAUCUGGAAGCACUGUGGGAGAGGUUGCUCCUUGUGCAGCCAGGCCAAAGCAGGAGGGUUAAUAUGUAACAAUUCUAUCAAUUGAGAGGCUGAACAGGGUGGGGAGGGGGUGAGGAGGGAUCAAUUACCCUUGGCUUCGGGCACCCUUUGGCUGGCGCAGCCUAGUUCAUUGUCUGUGGUCAACAAUGCCUCUUAUCAGAACGAGCAUCAGAAAGUGCUGCCCUCUUCAACUUCAGCCUCUGUUACAAACUGUUCCCAGCAGCCCUGAUCCAGCAGAUCACGGCUCCCCAGCGCCUGUUCACGUGAGCACCUGCUUGCUCUCUCCAUAAGACUCUGACCUGAGGCACUGGCGGGGAGGGUGGCGCAAGCACUGGCCUGUCCUCAGCUCCCUUCCUGGCAAGCACACCAGUGUUCACUGCCUCUUGAAAUGACAGCCCAGGUUGCUUUUGUGCUCUUUACUUUGUGCCAAUGAUACUCAACCAAGGAUGAUGAAAUCAUUAUGGGUAGAAAAUAUCACUUGGUUCAGUGAACAGGAAUAUGAAGCUGACUUGCAAAGCGACAUGAAUGAGCCCUAUUUCUAGCCUGUAUUUUGGGCUCCAAAAUCAGAGGAUGUCACACCUUCCCUGCUGGCUUGAUAAUCAAAGAGGAUGGGGUUGGGGCAACUAAGGGAAGGCAUAAAACAGUUACAAUAUUUGCAUUCCAACUGAACACAGCCCCUGCACGUAGGGUUACAAAUCUCCAGGUUGGCCUGGAGAUCUCCUGAAAUUACAGCUUAUCUCCAGACUAUAGAGAUUAGGGUUGUUUCCACACGUCCUGGCAUAGCGCUAACCUUACGCAAUGAGGGCAUCUUCCUGGCGUGAUUUCUGACAUCAUCGCGCCAUGAAAAUCGCGCCAGGAAGAUGCCCUCAUUGCGUGAGUUUAGUGCUAUGCCGGGACAUGUGGAAACGACCCAGUUCUCCUGGAGAAAAUGGGUGCUUUAAAGGUCAAACUCUUUGACCGUUAAAGCACCCUCCCCUCCCCAAAACCCACCCUCCCCAGGUACCACCAUCCCCAAAUCUCCAGAAAUUUCCCAAGCCAGAGUUGCCAAUCCUACCUGUGCUUGAGCAUUGAAAGAUGUAAUCUUCCUGCAUGUGAGGGUCGGACUGGCCAUUGGAGUCCCUUUGGUUAUAUGUUGUUAAAUUGCUGAUUCAGAAGAGCAAGAGGCUGGAAACAAAAGCAAUCUUUGCCCUUCCCACCCCAACACCUCAUUCAUCUAGGCCUAGUGACACAGCCUCCCCUACCCAUAUACAAUCUCAUCCCAAAAUGUCUCAUUAUACACGGUUGUCAUUUAUGGAAUGAUAUAAAUUGACCCUCCUAUGGCAGGGGGCUUCUCUCAGGCCAGGCCUCACGGCCUCCCCUGGUCACGUGCAGUGCACCCCUCCCCUCCUCUGUCCUAUCACAGGCCUCGGACAUUUCUCUGGCCAUCAGCAAACAAGGCCACUAAGUGGGGGGAGGACUGGAGGGCCCGGGGAGCAGACAAGCCACGUGGCAUUUUCUCCAUGAUGUUUGGGCUGAGUCUGGAUAGCAUGAAGGCUCACCUAGGCAGGCAACAGGCAGAGGAAGCUGUAGGGUUGUCAGGUCCAGGCUGGGAAAUUCCUGGAGACUUUGGGGGUGGAGCCUGGAAUGGGUGGCGUUUGGGGAGGGGAAGGACCUCAGAAUGGUAUAAUGCCAUAGAGUCCACCCUCCAAAGCAGCCAUUUUCUCCAGGGGAACUAAUCUCUGUCACCUGGAGAUCAGUUGUAAUUCCGGGAGAUCUCCAGCCACCACCUGGAGGCUGGCAACCUUAGGAAACUCCCACCAGGAGGGGUCCUUUUCCUCCUCCUGUCUGCUUUGUGAGGGAGCAAGAGGGUGCCAGGCUCCCUGACAGAGUUUUGUACUUGAGUACGCCUUCCCUUGCUUCAUGGAUGGGUGGGGUGGAAAUAGAAAAUACCCCGCUAGGUGUGCAGUUGAAACACUGAACACGGCAGACCACAGCUUGCUGACACACGUGCCAUCCCCCAGAUGCUUCUGUUGUUUCUAGUCCUCAUUGUUCCUUUAAACACACAUAUAUGGAUAUCAUUAAGAUUCGUUUUUAAUUUGCUAUCUAAAAUUGGACUGUUUUAAAACAUAUGGCUUGCUUCCUGUUCUUUCCCCCACUUGAGCUAAAGAGCAAUAUUUUGGUAAUGAGGAAGUGUUAAAAAUUUGCUUACAUUUUAAUAAAUGUACACACACCAA